GAUAAAUAUUGCAACCAGAAAGAUGGCCUAGCAAGCUAUGAGGUGAACUUCUCAUAUGUUGAAGCAGGAGUGAACAAACAGGCCCUUGUGAAGUUGGUGGCUUGUGAGAGAUGUGCUGAGAAGCUUCUUUAUAAGAAACUGAAAGAGAAGGAACAAAUGAAAGAAGACCAAGAAAGGAAAAGGGAAAGAUCUAGAAAUGACGACCAUGAGAGUCAGAGAGAAUUUAAAAAAGGAUCUAAGACUUCAUCGUCAGUGAAGGACCAUAAUAAUGCCGACAAGAGUGACGAUGAUAAUUUUGAUGAAUAUCUUGAGGGAAUGUUUCUGUGAAACCACGGAAUGUUAUGAUGUGAUGUAAAAUGGUUUUUAUGCUCCAUCAAAUAUCUAUCUUGUAUAUCCAUCAUCCACAUUUCUACUCGGUAAAGUGCGACAAGCUUCAUCACUC